AUGGAGCUUCUGGAGGAUAUUAGAUUAGCAUCUGGAGACACAAACUUCACGAGAUUAAUGGGCCUCUCCCAGUCUCCUGUGUUGUGUUUUGUCAUAGACACAACAGGGAGUAUGAGUGAUGACAUUGAUGAAGCAAAGAGGGUUUCUUUUGAGAUCAUUGACAGAAAAAGGGGAACAGGACAGGAACCCUCUGGUUAUAUAUUGGUACCUUUCAAUGACCCAGAUUUUGGACCGAUAGUUAUGACAUCUAAUGCAGACAUCUUCAAAGGAAAGAUCAACAGUUUGACUGCGGAUGGAGGAGGAGAUACCCCAGAAAUGGCCUUGUCUGGACUGCAGCUUGCACUGACGGCAGCUCCACCCUUCUCUGAGAUUUUUCUCUUCACUGAUGCUCCAGCCAAAGACGCCCACCUGAAAAACACUAUUGUUGCUCUUACAGAGAGCACAAAAUCUGAGGCUUGUGGUCCUAACUUUUGA